UAUGUAUGACUGAAUCCCUAUGCUGUACACCAGAAACUAACAUAACAUUGUAAAUCAAAUAUACUUUAAAAAGUGGCCAGGAGGGAGGAGAAGAUGAGGGUCAUAAAAGAGAAUAAUAGGCUUCCAUAUGCAGUCUGUUUGCACAAGUAUAGGGGAGGGGAGAAUCUGUGGUGAUCACCUGGAUAAUUUAAUCCCCAAAUCAGCCCAGUUGCUGUCUUGGGUUCUCUUCAUAACAUAUGCACACAUGCAGAAUUAAUUAUGCAGCUUCUAACGAUGCACUAAGUAGGUCUCCUUAAAGGUACUUUAAUCAGUGCAGUCUGCAAACAUUUGGGUGGCUGAAGCUUUCCUUCGGGGCAAAGCACUACAGUGGUUCAGAACAAAGGCUUUAGAAUCAACUACAUCUACAUUCAAAUACUGCCUUCACUACCGUUGGUUCUGUGAACUUAGGUAAGUGAUAAAACUUCAAUUUCUUUACCUGUAAACUGGAAAAUGUAGCAACAGCACCAAACUCAAUGGGUUCUUAUGAUCACAUGUCCAGAAUAUAGCAUGGUGCCUAUGAGAAGCAAGUUUUAAAAUUUUCAUUUUGUAACUCCCUUUUUAUUUCCUUUAUGAUUUUAUUUUUUUAUUGAAAUAAAGUCAAUCUACACUGUUGUGUUAAUUUGGAGAAGCAAUUUUAAUGUUAUUUUUAAAAAUCAUCACCGUCAACGCUCACUGAGAUUUUAUAAAAGGAGAGACUAAGGCCCAAUACUGCCAAUUCUAGGUUAUUUGAAAAAAUUAAACCAUGAGCUCAUAUAGUUCAAAUCUAUCCCAUUAUCUUAUUUUCCUAUAGAUUUUGUCUAGUUGCUGAAUUUGGAGGAGAAAAAAAGCAACCACACAAAAUUUUCCCAUUUGGAGAAAUUUUUACUUGGUACCCACCUGAGUCCCUGGCAGGGUGGGCCUGUCCUCUGUAGGGUCAAUGGGGUGUUUGGGGGAAGAUGGUGGCCCUGCCCAGAGAGGGUGGCUGGAGGAUACGAACAAAGGGGUAUGUGACAGUGACAGGUCACAAAGGCAGCAGAGGAUAAAUAUGCCUGCGCAGAGGGUUUAGGCUGAGAGGGUUUAGGCUGAGAGGGUGGUUGCUUCUCUCACUAGGACUGCAGUUCACAGCCUCUCGGGAAGAUAAAAAAUCAGAAGCAGAAGUGAGGUGAGGCAGAGGGGAGCCUAUCAUACCCCUCUAUACAUGAAGAGGUUCAGCCUGGGGGCCAGGCAUCCUACAGCAUCCCCACCUGGAUCAUCUGUGCCCCCACCCCUGCCUGAAGGUGGGGGGCCCGAGGGUAGGGGUGGGCUUGGGAGACCUGUUGUGGAGCCACCUGUGACAUGCAGGAGCUCCACUGCUCCCUCUUCUGCCAACAAGGCCAAGGAAGAGAAGACCCAGGGACCUGUCUUGCCAGCACUGCUUGCCGUGACCAAAGACAGCCAUGAGCAGGGAGUUUCUGUUACCAUAUUACACGGCCCAGAGCGGCUCAGGAGUGGGCAUGUUCAACACUGCUAUGGGGAAACUGCAGCGGCAACUGCACAAGGGAGAAUACGACAUAUUCAAGUACGCACCGAUAUUUGAGAGCGACUUUAUCCAGAUCACCAAAAGGGGAGAAGUGAUCGAUGUGCACAACCAUGUCUGCAUGGUGACCGUGGGCAUUGCAUCCACCAGCCCCAUCCUCCCGCUCCCAGAUGUCAUGCUGCUGGCCCGACCGGCCGCCGGCUGUGAAAAGCAUGCUGGGCGGGGCCAGGCCACCAAGGGGAAAGGCCGCAAGGCUGCCAAGACCUUAGAACUCACCAGGCUCCUUCCCUUGAAGUUCAUGAGGAUCUCCAUUCACAACCGCGAGAAACAACAGUUGCGCCUUAAGUUCGCUACGGGCCGCUCCUGCUACCUGCAGAUGUGUCCCCCUCUGGAUGGGCAGGAAGACCUCUUUGCCUAUUGGGAAAAGCUGAUUUACCUCCUGCGGCCACCAGUGGACAGUAACAGCAGCACCUGUGCCAUUCCAGCGGGAGACAUGAUCUGCAUGCCGGUGUUUGAGGAGGAGGACAGGAGGAGCCCAGCAGCGUCGGAUUUCCAAGGAAAAGGGGAUCAAGACCAGGUGAGCAUCAGGAGCCUCCACGUGGGUUCCGAGGUGGCCACGGCCACCUCAGCAGCUUUUGCUGGAGGGGAGGGGAUCCAACUGGACUCCCUUAAACUCACUACCAUUUCCUAUGCAACCACCACAAACACAAAACCUACAGAGCUUGGCAAAGAGUCAGCAGCGAGAUCAAUGACAGAGGUGGCAGCGGCAAGCACUGCAGCAGGCACUUUGAGAAUGGCAGGGUCCACAUCUCCUGCCCCAGAACAGCUGGGCAUGGCCACAGCAGCCACAGCCACCAAGAGUCCAGGAGGAAGUAAAACCAAGAUAGCCACUGCGGGCACUGACAACAUAUCCCUGAGGAGCAUGAGAUGGGGCGUGGCAGGUGCCGUGAACAAUUCGGGGUAUAAUUCUAGCACAUCCACCAGCCUCUCCCCUGAGGCCAGCAUGACUGUGACAGGAGCAAAACCCAGCAAGACCAUCAGAGGAACAGCCCACGACGAAGACCAGGGGCCCCUCAUCUCCACCUUGCCACAGGAAGGCCAAGUGAGCGAACAGGAUGGGAGGCCACAGCAAGUGUCCCAGGCCCGCAAGGGAAGAAGGGAGAGAAGGGAGCGAUGGGAAAAGGAGAGAGCUCUCAGGAGCUUCCAGCACCGCAGGUCAGGGGAAAGCCGCCAUAGGGCAUCGGGGGACAAGGUAAUCCGAAAAGCAGCCGGCCAGUCCUCAGCCCGCCAUAGAGCCUCAAGAGACAACAAAAAGGAGAAAGGCCGUGGCGGCCCGGAGGACAGCAAGUGGGGUACAGCGCACAAGGGCAUCAGCCACGCUCCCAUUGCCAAGGAGUCCAGGACCUCACACAAAUCAGGUAGGAGCUUAUCCACAGGGAGUUCAGGUUCUGCCACCAAGAGACUCAGCAGGAUCAGCUCUUUCUUGAGGAGCGUCAGAGCCAAUCUUACUACAAAGGCAGUGAGUCCACCACAAGAUGAAGAUGAGGACAUCCUGGCUAAGGCAGUGGGAAGGACCAGCAUGGAAGUGAUCGUGGAGACAGCAGAGAGUGGCCAGGAGCUGGAGAUCAUCGAUGCUGUGGAGGCUGAGACCACGGAGACAGUGACCUUUGAAGCCCAUUAAUAGGACCCAGAGCUGGAAGCUGCAAAGGGGACCAGGGCUCAGGGAAGUAUCCCUAGAAAGCCUAAUCCAGCUUCCUUACUGCAGUUUAAAUAAAGAACCAUACAACCAGAGAAAGGC